UUUUUAUUGUAAUAAAAAAACCAACUAAAACCUUUUCUACCGAAAAAAACUAAAACCCUAAAACCAACGAGCAGCUCUGGCCUAACAAGUUGGAGUCGCAUUCCGAUCUCAGCGCUGCCGGAGUUGUCAUCGGCCGUCAGAAGCAUUUCCAGGUUGUACGUGAUCUGCAAUUUGAAUGCAUUUGUGGUAAACUUAACAUUGAAGGGUUUACAAGGUGAUAUUGAAAAUGAUCUUCCGGCUGAAAGAGAGGUUUGGUUUAUUGACCAAGCAUACCCCUAUUCGGAGGUGCCUGCAAGCGCUCACCAGCGAAUCACAACCAACAUUAUCUCUCUUCAAAGACCCAUCAUCUCUCCACUCACUCUCUGUGGCUGCUUUUCCUAAUCACAAUAUUUCGUCACCCCUUCCCAUUUUCACCAAUUCCAAACCCACAUCUGCUUUUGGACAAUGGUAUCACCCACGCUUUUUCUCUUCCAAACAAGAUGAUCACAUAAAAAAAGAAGAUAUACAGGAAGAAGUAGAAGAUGAAGACGACAGUGAUGACAGUGAUUAUGAUGAUGAAGAGGAAGAUUAUGAAGAUAAUGAUGAUUGUGUUUCCGUAUCAAGUAAGAAAAAAGUGUACACGGCAGAGGAAAAGGAAGCAGAAGCAACAGCUAUUGGAUACAAAGUGGUGGGGCCCCUACAAAAGGACGACCAGGUUUUUAAGCCAUAUGAGCCCGCUUUUGCCGUUGUUCAGAUUGGUUCUCAUCAGUUUAAAGUGAGCAACGGGGACAGCAUUUUCACAGAAAGAUUGAAAUUUUGUGAAGUGAAUGACAAGUUGAUUCUGAAUAAAGUUCUGUUGCUAGGAUCUGCUAGUCAGACAAUUGUUGGCAGACCCAUAGUGCCGGAUGCAGCUGUUCAUGCUGUUGUUGAGGAGCAUGCACUAGAUGCCAAGGUAAUUAUUUUCAAGAAAAAGAGAAGGAAGAAUUACCGAAGAACCAAAGGACAUCGUCAGGAAUUGACCAAGCUAAGGAUAACUAAUAUCGAAGGAGUUGAGAAACCUCAGCCCGAAUUGGUUGAAAAGCCUUCAAAAUCUGCUAAGAAAGAACAGGAAAAGGUUGCAGUUAGUGCUUAAGAACAAUGUACCGGCUGGUGGUGGUAAUUCUGGUCUUUAUGCCUCAGGGUUUUUGACAGUUGGAUAGAGUAUGAAAUGUUUGUAUUACUUAGAAGCUCCAUUUUUAUCUGCAAGUUCUUUGUAGAUGGAAGUAGUCAGCUACUCAGUAGUCAGGUUUUGUAGGAAUGUCUUCAACAAAAAAAAAUUCCUUUCUUUGUAAUGCUGGAUUUACUGCUUUAGCAUUUGAGCAUAAAUCCAUUUAUUCUUAAAUAAAUAGGUUUUCAAGGUCUUGAGAUUUAGAAUUUUA